AUGGUCCACGAAGUGGCCCACACAUUCUACAUGGCUUUCUCUCCUAGCCAAGAGAUCAUACACCACGAACCUUUUAUGAAUGACAGCCGUGUGGCCGAACUAGGAUAUGCGCUGACUAAACACCUUNUUGGCGCCGCUAUCAACGUGAUUGGUGGUAAUCCUAAGCAUAUGGGUGUUCCAUUUGGGCUUUACUUCUACGACUGGCCAGACACGGACAACAGAAACGACAAGUAUAAAGCGAGAUACAGCCUUGCCCGUGCCGGGGUGACUACACACACUUACUACGUCUUGCCUAUAUCCCAUAUUCUCAAGAUUCUACAUCCACGAUUUUGGGACGAUGAAGCUUUAAGAUAUGGAACCAUUUCCAGUCUCAGAUUACCCAAACAGCUUGGCGUGAGAUACCGCUACGACGACUAUAAACUCUGGCUCGACGAGCACGAAUCAGACAUGGACUUCGAGACCUCCAUGAAAUCGGACGAACUUCGACCAGACGUUGCUGAGGGCAUAAUUACCAACGAUGCAGCAGUACCACUGGAUCUGCACAGCGAGGUCCACAGAGACCAAUUACGCCACAUAGCGAAUUCAGCCAAACCUUGGGAAUUCGUCAAGGACAUGAGUAUGAAGGACUUUCCCCUGAGCUGGAGUUUGAUAGAUCGAUUCCAUCCUGACUCUGUUGGAAGUAUCGAGGGAAACAUUGUUGCGCCGCUGCAUGCGUUGCCUGGGUUUGAUGCUGUGGCGUAUCAGCAUGAGUUGAGGGCAUUUAUCCGUAAGGCUAAGCUGAAGAAGGAGAAGGCGAGGAAGAAGAAGAUUGGGUUGCAUAAACAGAAGGGAGCUAAAGUUGCGAAGGUCUAG